UCCAUUGGGAAAGGGAGGACUUCCCUGGUUGUUGGGCUUCAUUGUGCUUCCUUCCUCAGCCUGCUGCCUGUUGGUUCUUAUUCUCCGUCUUGCGGCCUUCUUCGUCCCUCCAUCUCGCCCUCCAGUGCUUUUUACUUCCCCUCUUUUCUACCACCCUCCUUCUCUUACCUUGCUACUCUCACCCGGUCAUCUCUUGACACACCUGCACUUCUCGGAAGCCGCGGUCGCACGUUGGUGGUGGCAGUGCAAACCAUCUCGUCCAACCACCGGCUCGCAUUCCUCCUUUGCAUCUCCCUAGAUCCUGCCGAACACUUCGAUAGUGCUUCGAUCGAGCGGGAUCAGUGCUACGGUACCCGGAUCGGAUCGUGCAGCGCCAUCGCACCUCUUGGCCUUACCUAAGCACCUAGCCCGUUGCCUCUCCUCGACCCCACCACCUUGACCUCGAUGGACGCUUCUUCCCGCGCGCCUGCUCCGCCUCCGCUCAACAUUAGGCCCGUCAGGGCCGUUUCCAGUCCCGUCUCGGGAACGCCCAGGUCAUCCAGCAGUGCUACAUCCAGCACUUUCUCAGCAGGCGACUACUAUGCUGCGCCGCCCACCACUUCCGCUCCCACUUCCGCCUCCACCGGGUCCUCGCUGCUCUGCUGGGGCAGCAGCCGGAAGGAAAGCGGCAGCAGCAGCAGCAAAAUCAGCGGCAGCUCGGCGGUGGGCAGAUCCCCGCCGCCGCCGGUUGCGUCCAGGAAGGUCAACGCCCACAGCUACUGCGGCAGGCACUCGGAUGAGUUCCUCUUCGGCGGCAGGGGGCUAAGCGAUCUCUGGCACGCUGUCACCAAGAAGUGACCGGCCGGCGGGCUUUAACUGGAUAAUAAUGAGGCUGGAUGGGCCAUGACCACCGGAUAGGGUUUGGUUCUCUUUCUCAGAAUGACCUCGGCAAGACGGUGUCACUGCAGGGCAGUGGUU